CGCGACGCAGCACUUUUACUUGGACCAAUCUUGUUGCUAUUCUCCUUCUACAAUACUCAACCACGCCUCAUCGACAUUUCUUUCUUCAAACCACCAAGGGUAGCAUCCUAUACACCUUCUUUCGUAGUCAAGAAUGGCAAUGUGCUUUUGGUCAACGUCUGGACUGGAUCUCCCAUGCCAGAUUAUUUUCCUGAAUUCAUGCGGCGAAUCAGUCUAAAUCCGAGUCUGAGCUUCCUACUGGUUUCGACGUAUGAUACGCCAGAAUUCUGUCCUCGACAGGGCCAGUCUGUGUAUUUUCAAGAUACACGGCAUCGUGUCUAUUGUGCAGAAAUGGAAGAUAUCAUCCACGACGCGGCGGAAGCAAUGUGCAGAGACUGGCAAUGCACUGGCAAAGAUGAACUAGAUCGUGUUCGACGCCACCUCGCCGACUAUGUUCAAACUGGUGGUGCGACAUGGAACAAUCUCAAGCCUUUAUAUCCGACCUUGUUCGGCCACCUGUUUAGGUCGCAGUUUGAGCAGCAUUUUUCGCACUGGUUUCGAAUUGAUCUGGACGUCUUUGUCGGGCGCUGGGACCUUUUGUUUCCCAAGAGCGCGUUAGCGUACGAUGUCAUCACAUUUUCAUCCGGUGGGCAAGCUAGCUGGACGCACAUUUGGUUGAAGGGCUACCUCACUGGGUUCCGGAACGAGCCUCGUGUUGCUCGACAGUGGCUUCGAAUGCACAUAUUUGCAAGUCCUGAUCGGUUCUGUCUGACUUUUGACAGACACACCUUUGAGCGGCAUUAUCUGGCGGCAGAUGAGGGCGCACAAACAGUAGCCUUCAUGCGAGAUGCGCCAUCAUCGGAUGAUGUGAGCUGGAUCGUUCUACCUGGACUUCUCGCCGUUGAUCUGGACUUGGCCGCGAACCCGAGUGCAAUCGCUCUGACCCGGUCGGACAUCAUCAGAGUCCCUGCGAAUUCCACAAGGAAGACCAUCGAAGCGCUGGCAUCGUUACCUGCAUUCUCUGACGAGCCUGGUGUACGCGUUGGCGUUGGCCAGCAGCUUCAGCUCACUCAAAAGUGCCAGAUGUCGUGGAUGCCCCCUCAAGACCGAUUGUGCAUCAAGAGGCCACCGAACGACACUGCCAUCAGUCGCAUUCUCGACGCAGGCUUACAAGUACAAAUUGCUAGAAGUCGUCGAAACGGGUCGUCGCCGAGCGUAAUUACAGCCUCAGUCUUCCCAAGCCGUGGUUCAGGGUAUGGCACGCACAUCUUGGCCUACCAUUUUCAAGACUCGAAGAAACAAGGCUUGAAUUAUAGCCAACAGCAGGCUUCAGACGAGAUCCUUGUGGUUGGCAAGGCUUUUGAGAGUCAGAGAUGGUGGCUGGACCAUGUAGAUGCAAGUGGAAAACGUCUUCGCAAUUAUGGGGAUUCUGUUAACUCCUCGACGGAGCUGCGUGACUGACAGGUAGUAUGCGCCUUGCACCAGGCAGGCAGGUCACUACUUUAAUGUAC